CCUCAACUGUGAUGACCUCAAAUCAAAAAACACAAUUUGUGUAAAAACCUGCUUUUACAACAAUGCGAGCUAGUUGUUGUUUGGCUGUAAACAAUUGGAAAACAUUUUAGUUAAUCGGCUUAUCGAUUAGAGUGUGGAGGUUAGGGGGAGACCUUAAACUUUGUACCAAAUUAAAAAGUGUGUCUUGCGUGACCGUGGAAAAUGCAGCAAGCCUUUCUUGAAUUAAAUGGUGUUAGAACCAACGUUUUGACCUAUGGGAAAUGGGUGGAAGAGUCGUUUAAACCAACGGAGGCCCGAGACAUUAUUUUGGUGAUUCCGGGGAAUCCUGGAUUGACAGGGUUUUACAAAAUGUUUAUGCACACCUUGAAUGAAAAAACUGGCUUUCCAGUGUGGAUUGUGGGCCACGCUGGGCAUGAACUACCGAAGAAGAAUUCACUUUUUUCAGUGCAACCGUUGCAAGGGAAUGAGGGGUUGUUUGGGUUGAGGGGACAAGUGGAGCACAAGCUUGAUUUUAUUAAAAAAUACGUCCCGGAAGACGCAAGACUCCACCUAGUCGGGCACUCAAUUGGCUCUUACAUGAUUCUGGAGCUACUUAAGGAAGAAUUAGUGAGAAAUAAAGUCGUUGAUGUUAAAUUACUGUUCCCAACGUUCGAAUACAUGGCAGAGACAGCUAACGGAAAGUUUUUAAAUUUCAUUAAACCAAUCAUUUGGUUGGUCGUUUUCCUGUCGUGGAUUUACACGAUCUUGCCCUCGAUUUUAUCGAACUUUUUAAUGUAUCUUUACAUGAAGAUAAUGUGUAUACCGAAGAUGCAUUUUAGGACAAUGGUUCACUUAAUCGAGCCUAGUAUUUUAGAAAAAGUAUUUUUCCUGGCCUAUGAGGAACUCCAAAACGUUAGAGAACGAAACGAUACGCUUAUUAAGGAAAACUGCAAUAAAAUCAAAUUCUUGUAUGGGCAUAAAGACGGAUGGGCUCCUCCAACUUACUGUGAUAACUUAAAAAAAGACAUUCCGGGAGUCAACACCGAGAUGAGCCACUUCGACCACUCUUUCGUCCUAAAGCAAAGUCGCGAAGUUGGCAGUGUUGUAGCUGGUUGGAUUUGUUAAUUUUUUAUUGAAUAAAAGGUUUUGGUUCAA